UUUGGGGGGGGGGGGGUUUACAGGAGUGGCGCCCAUGCACUUGAAGAAGAACAUAGUCACCAACCACGUUGUAGAAGUGCCGACCCCGGGGGAAAGAGGCAGACUCUGUGUCAGCCAGUGACUAGUUUUGGGAAAUCGAUACAAUUUGUCCAAUGCGGACCGGGAUCGGAAGCUAAGUACGGGUAGGGAAGGCAGACUCCAUUGGCCACCAGCGAACGGGACAACCGCACCCAGCGCCCCCCACCUCCCCCGGGGGCGAGGCGCUCCGAGGAUCCGGCUCCCUGCAGACACCGACUAAUAAUCGAUGCCAAGCGAUUUGCAAUCCGGUUUCUCCAUGAGUCCCUACUGCUGAGGCGCUUGCACGCCGCGGCUCGUGCCCCCCUCCCCCCGCAGCCAGGCCGCUUGCAAAUGGCUUCGUUUCCCGAGGCGGACUUCCAGCUAUGCCCGCUGUGCAAGGAGAUGUGCGGCUCGCCGGCUCCCAUCUCCUCCAACUCCUCCACCUCCUCCUCCUCCUCGCAGACCUCCAACUCCUCCUCGGCGGGCGGCUCGUCCUGCGCCCCGUCCCGCCGCCUGCACGUCCUGCCCUGCCUGCACGCCUUCUGCCGCCAGUGCCUGGAGGCGCAGCGCCAGCACCCGGCCGCGGGGGACGCGCUCAAGCUGCGCUGCCCCAUCUGCGACCAGAAGGUGGUGAUCUCGGAGCCCUCGGGCAUGGACGCGCUGCCCUCCUCCAACUUCCUCCUCAGCAACCUGCUGGACGUGGUGGUGGUGGCGGCCGCCGCCGCCGAGGAGCAGAAGAACAACGGCCGGGGAGGGGGAGGCGGCGGCGGCAGCAGCAGCAACAACCGGCACCACCACCCCCGCCAGCAGCAGCAGCAGCACCGCUCGGCCGGCAGCGGCUCGUCCCCCGCCGCCGCCUCUGCGAUCGCCCCGUCCCCGUCCUCCUCCGGCGGGGGCGGCUCGGCCUCACUGCUGCUCCGGCGGCCGCACAGCCGGCAGGGCGAGCCCCGCUGCAGCUCCUGCGACGAGGGCAACGCGGCCAGCUCGCGCUGCCUGGACUGCCAGGAGCACCUGUGCGACAACUGCGUGCGGGCGCACCAGCGCGUCCGCCUCACCAAGGACCAUUUCAUCGAGCGCUUCGGCGGGGCGCCCGGCUCCGCCGCCGCCGCCGCUCCCGGGCCGGCUGCCCAGCUCGCCCUCGGCCAGCCCUACCCCGCCGCGCCCUACAGCAUCCUCGCCUCCGUCUUCCCGGACCGGGCCAGCUACUGCCAGCACCACGACGACGAGGUGCUGCAUUUCUACUGUGACACUUGUUCUGUCCCUAUCUGCCGGGAAUGCACCAUGGGACGACAUGUGGGUCAUAGCUUUAUCUACCUCCAAGAUGCCCUCCAGGAUUCCAGAACCCUCACCAUUCAACUGCUAGCAGAUGCUCAGCAAGGACGCCAGGCUAUUCAGCUGAGUAUUGAACAGGCCCAAGCUGUGGCAGAGCAGGUUGAGAUGAAAGCAAAGGUGGUGCAGUCUGAAGUCAAAGCUAUGACAUCUCGACAUAAGAAGGCCCUGGAAGAACGGGAGUGUGAGCUGCUGUGGAAGGUGGAAAAGAUUCGUCAAGUCAAAGCCAAGUCCCUUUACCUGCAAGUUGAAAAGUUGCGUCAGAAUCUAAAUAAACUGGACAACACUAUUAGUGCAGUUCAGCAGGUCCUAGAGGAGGGUCGUAGCAUGGAUAUUCUCCUGGCUCGGGAUCGCAUGCUGGCUCAAGUGCAGGAACUGAAGAAUGUGAGAGGCCUUCUACAGCCGCAGGAGGAUGACAGAGUCAUGUUCACUCCUCCUGACCAGGCUCUGUAUAUGGCCAUUAAAUCAAUGGGGUUUGUCAGCAGUGGGGCCUUUGCUCCUCUGACCAAAGCCACUGGGGAAGGUCUCAAACGUGCACUACAGGGCAAAGCGGCCUCCUUCACAGUGAUAGGCUAUGACCAUGAUGGUGAACCACGCCUUUCAGGGGGCGAUAUGAUCUCUGCAGUGGUGAUGGGCCCUGAUGGAAACCUAUUUGGUGCAGAUGUCAAUGAUCAGCAGAAUGGAACCUACCUGGUCAGUUACAGACCACAGCUGGAGGGAGAGCAUCUAGUCUCUGUCAUGAUGUGCAACCAGCACAUAGAGAACAGCCCGUUCAAGGUCAUGGUAAAAUCUGGGCGCAGUUACAUUGGCAUUGGACUACCAGGGCUUUCAUUUGGCAGCGAGGGAGACAACGAUGGCAAGCUCUGUCGCCCCUGGGGAGUUUGCGUAGACAAGGAAGGGUACAUCAUGGUUGCUGAUCGCAGUAAUAACCGCAUUCAGGUGUUUAAGCCCUGUGGCACCUUUCACCACAAAUUUGGCACCUUGGGUUCCAGACCUGGUCAGUUCGAUCGCCCUGCUGGUGUUGCCUGUGAUAUCUCGCGUAGGAUUGUCGUGGCUGACAAGGAUAAUCAUCGCAUCCAGAUCUUUACAUUUGAUGGGCAGUUCAUUCUGAAAUUCGGGGAAAAGGGAACCAAGAAUGGGCAAUUCAAUUACCCAUGGGAUGUGGCAGUCAACGCCGAGGGCAAAAUCCUGGUCUCUGACACGAGAAACCAUCGGAUUCAACUGUUUGGACCUGAUGGUGUGUUUCUGAAUAAAUAUGGCUUCGAAGGGGCACUCUGGAAGCACUUUGAUUCUCCAAGGGGUGUGACUUUCAAUCAUGAAGGCCAUCUGGUAGUGACAGAUUUCAACAACCAUCGCCUCCUGGUCAUCCAUCCAGAUUGCCAGUCAGCACGCUUCCUUGGGUCAGAAGGCACCAGCAAUGGCCAGUUCCUGCGCCCACAAGGCGUGGCUGUGGAUCAAGAAGGGCGCAUCAUUGUGGCUGAUUCUAGGAACCACCGAGUGCAGAUAUUUGAGUCAAAUGGUAGUUUUUUAUGCAAAUUUGGCACUCAGGGAAGUGGCUUUGGUCAGAUGGACCGACCUUCAGGUAUAGCUGUCACCCCUGAUGGCAUGAUUGUUGUGGUUGACUUCGGAAACAAUCGAAUUCUCGUCUUCUAAUCUGUGUUAUCUGAAUUAGGAAGAAACUGUCUCAGGGAAAUUCUUUUUAAGAGAACGAAAAAAUACAACGUUAAUUCAAACCUACCUCAUCUUUAAUUUUUUACAGAUGAAUGUACUUAUCUUUUCUGCAGGGAGUGAUCCUGUAAAGUUAUAAAUUCUAUCUACCUCAUUAUCUUUGUGUUCUCCCUCUCUCUCCUCCUCUUCUCCCCCACCCCGCCCCCCAGCAGUAAGUUUUACCUCUUCCCCACAUGGGGCAUCAUGCACAAACAUGUGUUGCUGUGCACAUUAGGUGGUUGCGUGAUGAAUUCUGUAGACGAAGCCAAAAAGGCGCUCUAUAAUUUUUUUAAAGGGGGGGGGGAAUCAGUAGCAUUAGAUAUCUGUAGAAGAUUUGUGUUCUUGAUCGUACUGUGGUUUUUGCGGGGGGAGGGUUUUUGGGGUUUUUUGUUUUGUUUUUGUUUUUUUAAAUGCUGCUGCAGCAGAGAACUUUUUCCUGUUCUCCUUUUUAUACCUCAUUGUGUUUGAUUUAUUGUUCAACAUAGUGUCUUGUUCCCAGAAGACUUUGAUCUUUUUGUGGAAGUGGGUGGGGUUCACUAGUCAGGAAAAGCAAGUUUGCUUUUUUGCAUAUGUGUUUUGAAAAAUGCAGUAAUCCUACAGCACAAAGUGAAGCCCCUGUGAAAAUGCACAAAUUUCUUGGGGAGGGGGGAAGUCAUUUUUGGUGACUUAGUGUAGUUGUCAUAAAAAGUUUAAUGAAAAAAGCAGGACUUUCUGUAAUGUGUUCUCUAUUCUAUAAUUUCUUUAUAGCCUUUUGUCUGAUUAUUAGUCACAUUUUAAAAACAAGGUUCCAUUCUUCCUUCCAUUGUAUGUAUGUCACUGUUAUGUGUAUCGAUGCCUGUUACAAGGAGCAUCAAAACAGGGAAGAAUUGAACCCUGGAGUUAAAAUUUGUUUCAUGUGAAAUGGCUGUGGGGUUUUUUGUUUUGUUUUGUUCCCAUAAAGGCUUUAGUUAGGGGAGUAAAGAUUAAUAGGUUUGUCAGGACAAAGUAAAUUUUCCCAAAAAUAAACAAUAAAGCACAACUUUGGAAAUUCAGGGUGCAUUUCAGAGAAGUCCACAUUUUUAAAAAAUCAGAUCACAAAACCAGUCAGUGACAUCAGCUGAACUUUUUGUUUUCUCUUUCCUUCAUUCCUCCCCUUAAAAAAAAAAAAA